AUAUUGGAUUAAACUGGUUGAAAGCAUAAAAUGAAAAAAAAAAAAAAGAAAAUAGUCUCGGUUGAUCGAUUAUAAAGUGAAAAUAUAUAGUGAAAAGUAUCAACACUUGUGCAAAUUAUAAGGAUAUCAGAUGUGUCGAUUUCCAAAAGAUUCGGAAAGAAAAAGUAUAUGGAUCCAGAAUAUGAAUCGUACAGAUUGGAUUCCAAUUUCAGAUGCAAGAUUAUGUGAUGUCCAUUUUGCCCCUCAUAUGUGGAUGACGAGAAAAGAUGGCUCACGCAGAUUAAAAUCUGAUGCAGUUCCAACAAUAUUCGGUGAGAAUUUGCCAACGUCUAUAACAAGGCAGAACACAAUGACCGAAGCUGCAGAGACUGAUAUGUUUGAAAAUGCUGCAAAUGAAAUGGAAGAAGAAAUGGAAAUCAAUGAAGAAGAUAUCACCGAAGAAGAAAAAAAUGAUGUAUUAAGCAUUCUAUCUAAUAGAACAGAAACUUCAGAUCCAUGUGUUUUACAACGUUUGGAGAAAUUGGAAAUGCUUUGGAAAAAAAGUGAACGCUUAAGAUUGCGAAUGAAGAAAAAAUUGCAACAGGCGAAAAGAAGAAUCAAGAGGCUUCAAACUGAAAUCGUACCAUCGUCUGAUAUACAUCCAGCUAUCAAAGGAAUUGAAUUUCAUCCUUACACAUAGGAUAUGAGACAUAAUUGCAAUUAAAAUGACAAAUUUUG